AUGGUCCAAGCAACAGGCGAAGAGCGCGCUGUUCAACUGGCCCGCGAGGCUGUCGAGUUGGUCGACGCCGGUCAUCGCGAGGCCGCAUCACGUAAUCUCCGAGAAGCUCUUUCUAUUGCGCCCGAUAACAUCGACGUGAAGGCCGCCUUUCUCAAAAUCCAACAAGAAGAAAAUGACGGCCACCAGCUACUAGAUCUUUGCCGACGCUACGCGAGCCGCAAGGAUGAGACCGCCGGGAAGGGCGCCGCGGUUUAUCUCCGCACAGAUGGUCUGAAGCCGCCAGAGAAUGUGGCUCUGGAAUCGCUGAAGCUGUUGCUGGGUGAAAACGCCCUCGCUCUGUCUGAGCUACAGGACGACAUUAUCUCAGGAUUGGUUCGACAGAGUACCAGUGUCCGACAAUAUUUUUCGAACCAGCUUCAGGUUUCCGUGACCGCUUUCUUUGAUGAAAUCUACGACCGUGGCGAUGGAGCCGCAGUUUGUCUGGACACCGUGGUCUUGGAUCCUAGUCUCUGGCCAUCGGAGGACACACGGUCUCACUGCGAAAGUGAACUGUUUCAGCUGUUCUUGGCGAAGUUGAUGGAGUCGGGCCAUGACCUAGACGGCCGCUCUCUGAAGGGAAUCACAAGACUCCUGGCAGUUGAUGCCGAUAGCCUGCAACAUUUGAUCGACCACGAGGAAUUCGAAGUGAUUCUGUCGUCCUUGGACAACCGACUGCCAUUAGAGGUGCGGAGUCAAGCCACAUUGGCAACCGCUAAAUACCUGGAGGUAGCCAAGGAGAAUGGUGCAAAGCAAUUCUCUGCCUUGAUUGCCGCUAAGGUCGCCAAGUCUCGCCUGGACGAUCUCAUCCUUGCUUUUUCCGCUGUAGCGGCUGUCUUCCCUGUGGCACCCGCAGCUGCCGCCAGUGUAUUCCUUUCAGAUGAGUUCAUGAAGGCAUUGACUCCUCUAGCCUCGCGGGAUGCGAAGCGCAAGCGUGUGGAGGUUACGAUUGCGGAGCUGCUCAAUGCAGCCUGCAUCAAUCGUCCCUGCCGUGAAGUAGUCACCAAAGACUUUUCCGAGUGGCUAUCGCACACCUUGACGAACGGUAGUGACGAGGGUUCCGAAUUGGCAGCGGUGGUAUUGGCGAAGAUUCGAGCUUCUGAGCCUAACACGGUCGAGAACGGUAAGGUCGAGGAUGCAGACACCGGUGUCUCUGAGCUGGUGCAACGUUUCAAGGGACUGAUGUCUGAAUCCAAGGCUGAAAAUAUCUCCCACGCCAUCGAGGGACUGGCCUAUUCGUCGGUCAAGCCCGUUGUCAAGGACGAGCUGGCCAAGGACUCUUCCUUCCUCCGCGAAUUGAUCACAGUGCUGAAGAAGAACAUCACCGACUCCUCCGUGCUUUAUGGUGGCCUGAUGGUCAUUUUGAACCUCACCAAAUUCCUUCCCAACCUCUCGGAGGAGCAGAAGAAGAUGUCUCAGCUAAAGGACUACGCGGAUGCAUCGGCUGGCAAGGCCAAGGUUGCUGCCGCUCCGGACCCGUUGGAAGAGGAUGAGGUGGUGCUUGACCGCUGCGGGGUCGUCAUUAACGCAGGCGCCAUGGAACUACUGGUGGAAUGUGGCCGAGUUGCUAUGCCUUCCAUCCACGAUCUUGCAGCCAAAAUCCUCUUGGCUCUGGCACGGCGAACAAAGUCACGGGGCGCUUUGGCCCAACAGGGUGCAGUCAAGCUGUUGCUCGGCCUGGCCAUCCCUAAACAGGGUAAUCCUAGCCUUGCCACAGAGACAACACAGAACGCGUCCCACGCAUUGGCUCGAAUCCUCAUCUCUGUCGACCCUGCGCAUGUGUUCCCAUCCUCCGGCUUCCCUCAGGUCACGUCUGCUGUGCGGCCGUUGCUUUCCCUUCUGUCUACACCCGAGUCAGCAGCUAUGUCGGUAGACCAGCCUCGUGACCUUCUUCCCGUGUUCGAAAGUCUGCUGGCUCUGACGAACCUUGCCUCUUACCCACACGAUGAUACACCCGCCGAACUGAUGGUCCGGGAAGGCUGGCCCGCGGUGGAAGAUCUUCUUUUGUCCAGUAACCCUCGUGUGCAGCGGGCUGCGUGCGAACUGGUCUGCAAUCUGAUGACCUGCGAGUCUGGCAUUGUCAAAUUUGCCGACGGCUCUAAGCGCGCGUCUCAACGCCUCCACAUUAUUUUGGCCCUUACCGAUGCCGACGAUUUCCCUACCCGACGAGCCGCUGGCGGCGCCAUCGCCAUGUUGACCGAGUACGAUGCGGCAAUUGCCGCCGUCUUGGAACGCCCACGCGGGGUGGAUCUCCUGCUAGGCCUAUGCCAAGAAGACGACGACGCUCUAGUCCACCGAGGCGCGGUGUGUGUGCGUAACCUGACCUGCGCGGCAUCAGGUGAUAUUGCAGCUCGAGCAAAGGACGCGGUUCGCGCUGCCGGGGGAAUUGACAUUCUGACUGCUUGCAUCAAGAAGACUUCGAACCAGGCGAUUUUGCAGGCGGGCGUGGAGGCGUUGAAGCCUCUAGUCCAGUAA